AUGACGGUGGGGGAAGUAAAACAAGAAAAAGAAAUUAAGGUGAAUGACUUUAUCUGUUUUGAGCGUAUUGGGGCUGAUCGUGAGUGGAAGAACACCCUUGGGAAAGUGCUGAGCUUUCCCACAUCAAACCAUGUCCGCGUUGAAUUCUACGACCGUGUUGAGGUCAUGACCCGCGGCAACCCCCUCUUGGACCAGAAACUGCAGGAAAUCGCCGCCAUCAACGGCAAACUGCAGCUCUGGGAAGAGAAGGUGCAGUUGGACCGGGAGUUGGAGCAGGUCGUCGCUGAGGAAGAUAAGGCAUCGGCAAGUCUCUUUAAGGUGCGGGAGGCCACACUGCAGCGACAGGCAGAGGCCGCCACCAGGACACGGGCGACGAUGGAGGAAUUGGACGAACGUCGCCAUGAGAUUGAGAGAAUCCCACAGCGUCAGUGGCGUGAUAUGCGGGCGCCUGGACGUCCAACGGAGGAGUUGGUGUCUCUCGCGCGGGCCAUCAUGUUGGCAUUGCGUGAAGAUCAUGCGACCAGCUGGGAAUCCAUGCAGGCGGUGAUGCGGCGGCCGGACUUCAUGUCACGUGUGAUGCAGCUCGACUGCACCGUGACACCGCUGCCAAAGGCAUACAGGAGGAAGAUUCUCACAGAACUUGGUUCACGUCGUCGUGGAUCUAUGUUUAGUUACAGCAGUCAAUCACAAAGCCAUCGGGGAGCUUCCAUUCCACAGGGUACACAGAUUGAAGUGACCAUGCACAACUGGCUGUUAGCCCAGAUUACCUGUUCAGAAGCCCGUGAGGCAGAGGAGCAUGUCGUGGAUGAAUGUGUUGUGGAUAAUCAGGAGCAGGUUCUCCUUGUUCGUGAAGUUAAUGGUUUGCGUGAGAAGGUCGCAAUGUUGGAGGAACAAAUUACAGAUAUGAAGAAAGCCAUUUGUGGCAAUACAGCCAUUGCAACCUUAAUGUUGGAUGAUGCUAAAGCAACUACUGACACCCUCUUCUAUCGUCGUAUGGAUAAGGGUCGUGUUGUGACGGAGAUUAUUCUGCGCGAGAGUGUACUUGUUGUCUUUGGAGAAAAGGAAGAGGAAGAUGAUGAGGAUGGCAACACCUUCGUUCGUCUUACAGAAGAAGAGGUUGAACAAUUGAGGACUGCAGUUAAGGAGGCGAAGGAGGCACAUGAUCUCCAGGAGAUGGAGGCUCUCCUCGCGGCUGAAGCCUUUGAAGAACAACAAAUCCUUGAACUCAAACAACGUAUGGAGGAACUUCGAAGGAAGGAGAACUUCACAGAGGAAGAUGAGGAGGAAAUGCGUCAACUCGAUGCCCUUCUUCUAGCUGCCAUUCGCCGUCUUGAGGCCACACAGUGUCGUAUUCGACAAUUACAACAACUUGGACGUGACAGAUUGGUUAUGGUGACUAAAUCACUUAUUCCAGAUUUUGUUGAUUCUACUCUUAACCUUAAGUUCUCUGGUGACAAAUGGGGUGAUCUGGUUAACAACACUGAACACGUCCAAAACAUGGAGAAGGCCCUUACAAAUGACCUCUCUCGUGCAUUGGGCUUACCAACGGAGAACUUCAGUAACUUCUGCUUUACUCUUGGAUCACUUUUGGUGAACUUCGACGUACGCCACAGUGCUGAUGUGAAGAGAGAACAACUGCAGGCACUUGCCAAUGAGGCAGACUUCUCAGAGUUCUGCGGCUACUAUGAAAAGGUGACAUUCAAGACGACUUAUCCAAUUAACACACCAGAGCAGGAAGCAGCCUACGAGAAGGCUAGACUUGAAGAACUCGUUCUUCUUAACUUCACUGGUGCUGGUUUACCACAGAAGGUUGAGGACUUUGAUGAUGACUUCAGCGACGAAGGUGCCUCUGAUGAUGAGGACUACCGCCGACCACGUGUGCAGAUUGGACAAAUGCGUAAUGAAUGCGCCUUUGAAGCUCGUUAUGGUUAUCCCAUUCUUGGAGUUCUUGAGGUUCCCCUCGAGGUGCAGAAGGCAGAAAUGGGAUUACAGGAAGGAAAGGUUCUUGAGACUGAAGUGCCAGAAGUAAGGGAAGCUGCUGAAGGUAUCGCUCUCCCAAGUGAUGAAGAUAUGAGGGAUAAGAGCGUUGACGAAAAGGAAAGUGUGAGAAAGUCUGGUUCCCUUUACGGCACUGACUCCAGCAAGAAGGCUGAUAAAAGUGUUAAAGAAGAUGAUAACCUAUCCAGCAACGCUGUCAACACCCCAAUGAAGGCCGCUGGGGAGAAUCCCCUUGAAGCAGAGAGCCUUUCUCGUAAGGACAGCAGUUCUCGCAAAGAGAGUACUUCUCUUAAGGAGAUCAGUUCUCUUAAGGAGAGCAGUUCUCGUAAGGAGAGCAGUUCUCGUAAAGAGGCCACUUCUCUUAAGGAGAUCAGUUCUCUUAAGGAGAGCAGUUCUCGCAAAGAGGGCGCUUCUCUUAAGGAGAGCAGUUCUCGCAAAGAGGGUACAUCUCUUAAGGAGGGCGGUUCUCGUAAAGAGGGUACAUCUCUUAAGGAGAGCAGCACACACGAGUUGUAA